GGCGAAAGGGAUCGAGAGGGCCCAUUUGGGCGGUGUGAAACGGUUAAAGAAAAGCAAAGUGGAAGAUGAAAAGGAAGAGAGGAGCUCUCUACCCAACACGUUUCCAUGGAUGGAAUCUCUCUCAUCUCUUCGCCUCGUCUUCCCUCUCCCUCUGUUUCGUGUCUCUUACAACCCCACCACAGCCUUAUCUGCCCCUCUUUCUUCAGAGUUCAAGCUUAUUCUUCCUCUUCUUCCUCUUCUUCCUCGUUUGCUGUGUUCCCUACUCAGAAGCCGAAGGUCGUUGUUACCAGAGAACGUGGCAAGAAUGGAAAGCUCAUUAACGCUCUGGCAAAACAUGGUAUUAACUGCUUGGAACUUCCUCUCAUCCAGCAUACAGAAGGGCCUGAUUUUGAUAGACUUUCUACAGUUUUAAGUGACAAAACAUUUGACUGGAUUGUCAUAACUUCUCCAGAAGCAGGCUUAGUGUUCCUUGAAGCUUGGAAGGCUGCUGGGACCCCAAAAGUUCAGGUAGGUGUAGUUGGAGCUGGUACAGCAAGCAUCUUCGAGGAAGUAAUGCAUUCUGAUCAGAAAUCUCUCGCUGUUGCCUUUUCACCAUCAAAAGCGACAGGAAAGGUUUUGGCUUUGGAGCUUCCCAGGCAAGGGAAUGGCACAUGCACUGUCCUGUACCCUGCUUCAGUGAAGGCUGGGCAUGAGAUUGAAGGAGGUCUAUCAAAUCGUGGAUUUGUGGUGACGAGGCUUAAUACAUACUCUACGGUACCUGUCCAUGAUGUGGAACAAGCAAUAUUGGUGCAAGCACUUUCUUCUCCUGUUGUUGCAGUAGCUUCCCCUUCAGCAGUUCGGGCUUGGGUGAAUCUUAUUUCAGAACCGGGGAAGUGGAAUAAUUCUGUUGCCUGCAUUGGUGAGACUACUGCUUUGGCUGCAAAAGGUUUAGGCUUGAAGAAUGUAUACUACCCUACAAAUCCUGGUCUUGAUGGGUGGGUUGAUAGCAUCCUAGAAGCGAUGAGAGUUCAUGACCAACAUAAAAAGGCGGUGGCCUGUUGACAAGGAACAAACAAGUGUAGGACUAAAGCAGGUAGCUUUUGGCUUUGCCAAUGCUCUUGAGGAUCAAUUAUUUAUGUAACCAGAACAAUACCAGAGGAGUGAUGUUUGUGAGUGGGGGGGUGGGGGAGAACAGAAGCAUCGAUCACUCAAGACUUCAAUUGCGCCCAUUUUAUGCUCAAGUGGGCAGUAAGCCAGAAAGCAUUUGUUUGAUGAUUGGGAAGCCAUCAAGUUGAUACUAGGGUGAGGAAACCGUCUAAAUUUCCUUGUGAAUAUCCAACAUUGUAAAUAAUUUCAUUUUGAUCUUAAACUAAUGCCAGCAUACUGGACUGGAGGUUAUUCUUUGUUUUGACUAGCUACCCCGGCAGCCAGGUUUCUUGUCUACAAUUUUUUCCAAUUACAGAUUCAAUGUUUAAAACAAGGUUUAAUGUA